AGGCGUGCAGAAUCCUACGUAGCUAAUGAGCCGACAUACAACAUCCUGAAGUGGAGGUAUGUCUCUGAACUUGGAGCUUGAGCCCUAGAAAUAAACAAUUAAAAUACUUUAGCUAAGUAAGAAUAUUUGUUAUUAUUUUUGCUUCGGCUCUUGUCACAAAUAGCUCACUCUUUCUCGAAAAGAGGCAGUUGGACAGAAGGCUGUCUAUAAUCUGUGCGCUAAAGCCUUCUCCUCUAACGUGACUGUAACGUUAGUAAGAUAGAUAACGCUAUAUUUUCAUUAUUAGCCACUCCGUUUUAAAAUGGCCACAGACGAGCUCUCGUCAAAGCUCAGCCGUCGGCUCCAGAUCGAAGAAGGAGCCGAGGACCAUGUUGCUGUGGACGUCCUCAGACCCCAGAACGGGUCGGAAGAGAAACCGAGCACGGCCAACGCAGACUCGGAGCUGGGCGCUAAACUGAUGCGUCGGGAAGAGCUGAACGAGGGGCAGGGGGAGCACAGGCAGCCGAGCAUGAAGGUGUUCAACCCCUACACCGAGUUCAAAGAGUUCUCCCGAAACCAAAUCAAGGACAUGGAAAGGCUGUUCAAAACGUAUGAUGCUGGGAAAGACAACUUCAUUGAUCUGAUGGAGCUGAAGCUGAUGAUGGAGAAGCUUGGAGCGCCACAGACGCACCUCGGCCUGAAGAACAUGAUCAAGGAAGUAGACGAGGACCUGGACAACAAACUCAGCUUCAGAGAGUUCCUUCUCAUUUUCCGGAAGUCAGCAGCAGGAGAGCUGGCAGAGGACAGCGGCCUCAGUGUCCUUGCUCGCCUCUCUGAAAUUGAUGUCUCCACAGAGGGGGUCAAAGGAGCCAAGACCUUCUUUGAAGCCAAACUGUGUGUUUUGCUGUUGAACAGGUCCAGGCCAUCAAUGAGGGCAACCGUUUCGAGGCAGAGAUCCGCCAGGAGCAGGAGGUCAAGAAGAAGCAGGCCGAGGAGCAGAAACAGAGACGUGCUGCUUUCAAAGACCUGCAAUCAGCCUUCAAGUGACUGCCUCUCUCUAUUUUCAGGACCUGUCACUGUCUGUGCUGCACUCAUGCUGUCAGUUUGUCAUUUCAUUGUUUAAAUGCUCUAGGUUUGUCAGACAGUGGUAAUUCCGAGUCAAACUGGCUCAAAGUCCCACAAAUGUUGGUCCCUAGUCUAUGAUGCAAUGGACUGGUUACAUUAUGAAAAUCAGCGUUGCUUAUGCAGAUUAACGGAUACAAAUUAAUUAAUUGAUGGAAUCGUCUAUUCAUUUAGCUCUGUAGCUCGGUUACAUUCUCAAAAAUACAAGUUUAGUGCAACUAUAGCAGGAUUCCCAGUAGAGCAGUCUGUGCUGACCUAAAUCAAUAUACCCACCACUGUGUCCCCAACAAAUAGCCGAAUGUUUGUCAGAUGGGUAACUUUCUGGAGUAGUGAAGUCCUGCCUCAUGGUACAGUAACCUGCUGUGUUUUGGUCUAAUAAACCUUCAAACUCAGGGAUUUGUUACUCCAGUCGGCCCUUCUGAAUAUAUGAUUGUCUCAACUACCUGACACAAAACGCACACAACAACACAGCCGCUUGUUGUGUGCAGCUUUUAGUACAUUUGUUAGUUUAGAGCUUAUAUCUGAUGACCCCAUGUCCAGUUCUUAGUGUUUGUGUAGAUUACCUUGGCUACAGUGUCUCUCGGCUUGUUUGAGCUAUAUUUUACUUCACUCAUUCCAGAAUUUAUAUGAAAUCCAGCGUGACUCUUUGCUGACAUGCAAUCCACCUGUCACACAACAUGAAGUUAGUGUUCAAUGUUGAAUUAAUAACUGAGCUCUACAUUUUUACUGUCAGCUCUGUAUUUUUCUACUGUGGGGUUGGGUGGGUAUGGAGUAGAUGUUGGUAUGUGUUUUUGGAUGUUUGAGGUCAUUCUUCAGCACUUUGUUUUGCAUGGGCUCUCUGAAUCACAGAUAGUUUUAAAAUAAAAUGUUCUGUAUCUUU